CCGGCUACCGGGCUUGGCGCCCGGGCGCCUUCCGACGGGGAGGGCUCCGCUCCACGGAACGCGAGCCUCGGGACGUCUGACGUUAGGCACCGUUCGCAGCGCCUCGGGCUCGCACGGCAGGAUCCAAAGCGUGAUUGGCUGGCGGCUGCUGUGGUCUCGGGCACCGCCCAGUCGCGGGACGCUGCCUCUGCGGAACUAGGGGUGGGGCCUGUUGACCCCCUUAGGGGCGGCCAGAACCCGAGCUCACGGCUCAGGUUCCCGGUGCUUCGCGCGUCUGCGGUUACCACAGGCCGGGGAGGUGGCACCACCAGGCGAAGCUUGGCGAGAUUGUGUCGUCAGGCGCGUACGGGCGCCAAUUGGCCGGGCGAUGUGGCGCGGACUGGCGCUGGCGCGGGCGAUUGGCUGCGCGGCCGGGGGGCGGGGCCGGUGGGCGGUGCGCGCCGCGGACCGUGCUCAAAGCGGGGGCGCUCCGGGACCGGCCGGUGUCCGUGGCCGGAGGCUGAUCAGUGUUCUAGGACAGAUCAGACAUUUUAUAAUGAUGCCUGAAAUAAACACUGACCACCUCGACAAGCAACAGUUGCAACUCCUGGCAGAGAUGUGUAUCCUUAUUGAUGAAAAUGACAAUAAAAUUGGGGCUGAGACCAAGAAGAACUGUCACCUGAAUGAGAACAUUGAGAAAGGAUUAUUGCAUCGAGCUUUUAGUGUCUUCUUAUUCAACACCGAAAAUAAGCUUCUGCUACAGCAAAGAUCAGAUGCUAAGAUUACCUUUCCAGGUUGUUUUACUAAUACUUGUUGUAGUCAUCCAUUAAGUAAUCCAGGCGAGCUUGAGGAAAAUGACGCCCUUGGAGUGAGGCGAGCAGCACAGAGGCGGCUGAAAGCUGAGCUAGGAAUUCCCUUGGAAGAGGUUCCUCCAGAAGAAAUUAAUUAUUUAACACGAAUUCACUACAAAGCUCAGUCUGAUGGUAUCUGGGGUGAACAUGAAAUUGAUUACAUUUUGUUGGUGAGGAAGAAUGUAACUUUGAAUCCAGAUCCCAAUGAGAUUAAAAGCUAUUGUUAUGUGUCAAAGGAAGAACUAAAAGAAUUUCUGAAAAAAGCAGCUAGUGGUGAAAUUAAGAUAACGCCAUGGUUUAAAAUUAUUGCAGAGACUUUUCUCUUUAAAUGGUGGGAUAACUUAAAUCAUUUGAAUCAGUUUGUUGACCAUGAGAAAAUACACAGAAUGUGAAUAUGUAGGUAAAAUGAUUACUGAAAAAUUUCUCUACUUAACAAACUUAGAAUGACUUUUUCCUUUUAAAUUUAGUUCUAUACACUGAUACUUUAAAACUUGUGUGGAAAAAACUAACGUAUAAUUUUGUAUCACACACCCUGGAUAUGUGUUCUGUUUCUAAGCAACAUUUGUGAGAGAUUAUUGUAAAAUGAGAGAGAGCAAAUAAAACUUAAUUUAACCUUUGCAGAUACAUGCUUAUGGGAAAUUUGAACAAAUGAGUGAAGCCCUGUGUUUUUAGUACGCUGUGAUAAACAUUUCCGGAGCACUUGCUAUUUGCCAGGUCCUUUAUGUAUCAUUAAAUUUUUAUCAUAGUUCAGAAAAAUGUGCAAAGGAAACCAUCGCCUCGCUCCUUCAAAACAGUCCUAAUUAACUUUCAUAUUAGCAGAUUAAACUAGCAGAGCAGGUUCAAGGGAAAUUAAAUGAUAUGGACCCUAAUUUGUAUCAUUCUGAGUUGAUUGUUUGGUUUAUUCAUUCUGGAAACAUGUUGAUACUUACAGUCAGCCACUGCUUUUGAUAAGUGAUAUUGAUUAGGUUAAAUCUUCUUUUAAAUAGUAUUUACCAGUUAGCAAAGUCUGUGUUUUCAGAAUUACAGUGGGCACAGAGGUGUUCAUAAAAUGGGAAUUGAGUCUCACUCGAUAAGAGUUGCUUAAACUUGAUACUGUUGACAUUUGGGCUGGAUAAAAUCCUUGUGGUGGGGGUCCAUGCUGUGCAUUACAGGAUGGUGAGCAGCAUCCCUGGACUGCACACUGGAUGCUGUUUGCAUCCCUCUCCUGUGACACCCACAAUUAUACCAGAUGUUGCCAGAUGCCCCUAGGGGACAGAGUCAACCCCCAACUGAGAACCACUGUCCUACAGAGUCAGGAAAUAUUGUAGGAAGAAAAAAAUAACAACGACAAAGGCCAGUGUUAAUGUUAAAUAGAUGAGAUUAUGGAAUGUGUAUAUUAAUGUUAAAAAUUGUACCUUGAUCAAUGUACUUUUUAUAAACUUGCCAUAGAUAUCUCAGAUUUGAGAUCUCAAGACAGCUUUAUUAUUCUUAAAUGCUGUAUGAUAAUGAAGAAAAAUAAAAAUUUAUUUCUUGCAAAGUUAAA